AUGGGUGUCCUGCUCGGGUGUCCUGCUCGGGUGUCCUGCGCGGAGAAAUCUGGAUUCUCGAGGGAAUGUUCAGAGUUCCUACAGCUCCUAAUCCACACGACUCACUUGAACGAUAAUGAAUUUCAGACCGGUUUCAAAUGUACAGUAUCCAUCAAAGAUAAUGCUGUUCAAGAUAAAAUCCUCUCUGGUGCAGUAUUUGAAGUGUUUUCCAAGACGACCCUGAUACAAUGCAGCAGGCUGUGCCUCUAUUCAUCAAGAUGUGUUUCGGCAAACUGGAUCACAAGGGCUAAAGAAUGUCAACUGAAUUCACGUGGUGGUGACGAGCAAUCUUUACAGGUGUCUCACUCUAAUAUUUACCUGGCUGUUCACGUCAAUCCUUUACAGGCUCAUCCUUGUUCACAUCAUCCUUGCACUGUCGAGGACAUCUGUGUCCCAGUGAUGGGAUCUACAUCACACAUAUGCCUGCGGACCGAUCCAUCUGACCAGCAAAUAUCAACUGUUUCAAAUGUCCUUUCCAUCACUACUGUCGGUGACCCUGAAGCUAGUAGCGAGGCUUCCACCACCCAUACUAGUCAGGACACCGUUCAAACAAGCGAGACUUCCACAACAGCUAACAAUACCCUUGUUCAAGCAACUGUCACUUCCACAACAGCUAACAAUAACCUCGUUCAAGCUAGCGAUUCUUCAACAACAGCUAACAGUAACCUCGUUCAAACAAGCGACACGUCAACAACAGCUAACAGUUACACUGCUCAAGCAACCGACACGUCAACAACAGCUAACAAUAACCUCCUAACAGUAACUUUGCUCAAGCAAGCGACACUCAACAACAGCUAA